UAAGGCGCACUUAGCAUCAGUACUGUGCGUCUGGGACCCUGCUUUUCUCUGAGUGCUGCUCUCAUCUUCUGCUGGUUUGGACCUUGGAGAGGAGACUCACUCUCACCUUCCUGUGAUUUGGAUUUUGGAGAAGAAUCUUCAGUGAAGCCAAAGCGUGGACAGCCCAUGGUGUAGUGCUUGUUGUCAAGCCAAGAGACCUGGCUUGUGGAGUUACAUCACAGCCUGAAGAUACUGCUUCUUUUAAUUUUCUGGCCAGAAAAGAAAUUGAGAGAAAGAAGGAGAAAUGACAGUUUCUCAGUGCUCAGUGACCUAUGAAGAUGUAACAGUGAUAUUUACUCAAGAGGAGUGGGCACUACUAAAUUCUUCAGAGAAGAAACUCUACAGAAAUGUGAUGUGGGAAAACUUUAGAAACAUUCUGUCAAUAGGACAGUUACAAGAGGAUCAUUCCAUCAAAGAGCAGUACAACUACCAAGGAAGUAAAAGUAAUAUAGUGGAAAUCUCUGAGGCCAAAGAACAAAGUCAAAAUGGUGGGAAUCCUCAAGAAUGUGAAGUAUACAACAAAGAAUUGACUCAUUCCAGUCAGCUUAAAAAACAGAAAAGAAUUCCUAUUGGAAAGAAAUCUUAUCAACGUAAACAUUGUAGUAAAACAUUCAGUCAAACCGGUGAUCUUCAGAGACAUGAAUGUAAACAAUGUAGGAAAACAUUCAGUUAUUCCAGCAAACUUCAGAUACAUGAAAGAACUCACAGUGGUGCGAAGCCUUAUGAAUGUAAACAUUGUAGUAAAACAUUCAGUGAAAGCGGUACUCUUCGGAAACAUGAAAGAAUUCACAGUGGAGAGAAACCCUAUGAGUGUAAACAAUGUUGUAAAACAUUCAGUCGAUGCAGUUAUCUUCGGAUACAUGAAAGAACUCACAGUGGAGAGAAACCCUAUGAAUGUCAACAAUGUAGGAAAACAUUCAUUCACUCCAGUAAUCUUCGGACACAUGAAAGAACGCACAGUGGAGAGAGGCCAUAUGAAUGUAAACAAUGUAGGAAAACAUUUAGUGAUAACAGUGCUUUUCGGAAACAUGAAAAAAUGCACAGUGGAGAGAAGCCCUAUGAAUGUAAACAGUGUAGUAAAACAUUCAGUGAAAGUGGUACUCUUCGGAAACAUGAAAGAAUGCACAGUGGAGAGAAACCCUAUGAGUGUAAACAAUGUUGUAAAACAUUCAGUCGAUGCAGUAAUCUUCGGGUACAUGAAAGAACUCACAGUGGAGAGAAACCCUAUGAAUGUCAACAAUGUAGGAAAACAUUCAUUCACUCCAGUAAUCUUCGGACUCAUGAAAGAACGCACAGUGGAGAGAGGCCAUAUGAAUGUAAACAAUGUAGGAAAACAUUUAGUCAAUCCAGUCAUCUUCGGAUACAUGAAAGAACUCACAGUGGAGAGAAACCCUAUGAAUGUAAACAAUGUAGGAAAACAUUUAGUGAUAACAGUGCUCUUCGGAAACAUGAAAGAACGCACGGGGGAGAGAAACCCUAUGAAUGUAAACAGUGUAGUAAAACAUUCCUUCUAUCCAGUCAUCUACGGAGACAUGAAAGAACCCACAGUGGAGAGAACUUCUAGGAAUGGAAACAAUGUAGUAAAGCCUUUGGUGAUUCCUCUACUCAUCAGUUACUUUAAAGAACUCACACUGGAGAUAAAGCCAUGAAUAUACAUGAUGCAGUGGAACAUUCAGUCAAUUCAGUCCUCUUUAAUCACAAGAAAUAAUGCACAAUGGAGAGAAACCCUAGUAUUAUAGACAAUACAGAAAUCCUUUCAGUUCUUCCACGACUCAUAGAGCAUAUGAAAAUAAGCACAGUGUUAUUUAAACAGUGAGUUUGGUAAUCUUCAGUCACAUGAAAGUGCUCACAGGGCAUUGAAAACAUUAAGUAAAGUUUUCAAAAUAAUUAGAGAUCGUAUUUUCUUUUUUUAUUUUUAAUACUCCCUUUUGUUGCCCUUGUUUUAUUGUUGUAGUUAUUAUUGAUGAUGUUGUUGGAUAGGACAGAGAGAAAUGGAGAGAGGAGGGGAAGACAGAGAGAGUGAGAGAAAGGUAGACACCUGCAGACCUGUUUCACCACCUGUGAAAUGACGCUUCUGCCGAUGGGGAGCCGGGGACUCGAACCAGGAUCCUUACACUGGUCCUGGUGCUUUGUGCCACAUGUGCUUAACCCGCUGCACUGCUACCUGACUCUCAAGAUCAUAUUUUCUUAUAUGAUCUAUCUAAAUAUGUAUUUAUUCAUGUAGAAUGAUAGGAAGAGAUACAGAUAGACUCAGACUUCACUUUACUACAGGUCUGUGCUGCUGGGGAUUGAACUUGGGACUUCCUGCUUGAGAGUCUAAAGCUAUAUUAUUGUACCACCUCCUGGAAUAUCUUCAUCUUCAAUUCUAAUACAUAGGAAAGCCCACUAGGUACUGAAAGUCUAUUAAUGUGAAAAUGAUUAAAUAUUUAAAUACAGUGACAUUUUUCACACAUAGGAAUGCAGUAGCAUUAGAAACAAGGCCUUGGGCCUGGGUGGUGGUGCACCUGGUUGAGUACAUAUGUUACAAUGUGCAAGGAUCCAGGUUGAAUCCGUUGAUCCCCACCUGCUAUGGGAUAGUUUCAUGAGUGGUGAAAGUAGGGCUGUAGGUGUCUCUCUGUCUUUCUCCCUCUGCAUGUCCCUCUUCCUCUCCAUUUCUGGUUGUCUCUAUCAAAUAAAAAGAAGUUAAUAAAAAAUAAAGAAACAAGACUGUAUCGGUGUAGAUACUAUGGAAAUACUGGACUACUAAAAACUUGUACAUAAGAGACAGCCAUUGAUGAUAAAUCAGACCUCUUACCUUCUGCACCCCAUAAUGAUCCUGGGUGCAUACUUCCAGAGAGAUAAAGGCAGGAAAGCUAUCAACGGAGGGGAUUGGAUAUGGGAGUUCUGGUGGUGGGACUUUUGUGGAAUUGUACCCCUCUUAUCCUAUC